UAUCAUAGCCUUGAGGCCCACAAGCUCCUCUGUUGUUUUUCCAACAGAAUUCAAUCAGCGACCUUACGAUGGCUGCCACUGUUCAAAGUGUGGCGUCCACAGCAGGAGGCGCACGUUCACUGCCUUUUCAGCGCACGUUAGCAAUAACAAGUACAAAGUUCUUGUCCAGAUGGGUAUCCUCGAAGAUGGAUUUUAAUUUUCUGCAGCUCGGGUGCAGAAAGAACACAACUUUACCCGCCAGGAAGCUCCUAAUUCGAGCUGCCAGGACUGAGUCUCAAGGUGUGUUCUUAGGCUUCAGACCGCCCAAUUUUGAGCUUCCAGAGCCUCUUACUGGGAAAACGUGGAAACUGGACGAUUUUGAGUCGUAUCCUGCUUUAUUGGUUAUGUUCAUCUGCAAUCAUUGUCCAUUUGUUAUACACUUGAAGAAGGAUAUAGUGAAGCUCACAAAUUUCUAUAUGAAGAAAGGACUUGCUGUAAUUGCCAUAUCUUCAAAUUCUGUGGCUACUCACCCUCAGAACUGCUCUUCGCAGGAUGGACCAGAUUUCAUGGCAGAAGAGGCUAAAUUACGUAAUUACUCAUUUCCUUAUCUCUAUGAUGAGAGUAGAAGCAGGUCUAAAGAAGUUAAAGUUGAGAGGCAUUUUUUCAAGUCACAAGAAGUUGCUCGAGAUUUUGGAGCAGUUUGCACGCCAGAGUUUUUCCUGUUUAAAAAGUUAAUUAACCUCUGCUUAGGCUUAAGCCCGCCAAUGCUCAUGGAUCAUAACUCCCAUAUGUAUUGGAGAUUUGCCCGCUCCAUGUGGAGGGGACAUUUGCGUGGACCCGAGGUGGAGAGUAGGAACUACACUAGUCCGCUAGAUGGCCGAAGACCAUUUGAGCUAGUUUAUCAUGGGCAGUUUGAUGAUUCCCGACCCAGUAAUAAUGUGCCUAUCACUGGAAGGGACCUAAGUUUGGCAAUAGAUUGUGUUCUUACUGGCCAGCCAGUUUCAUCAAUACAGAAACCAAGUAUUGGAUGUAGCAUAAAAUGGCAUCCUGGAGCAGGAAUGUGACCUUCGAUACUCAGCCUAAAGAUCAUAUCUUCCAAUCCAAAUUUUGUUUUCAGGUGUUGUAGUGGAUAAAAAGAGAAGAGAAAUGGAACAUGUGCAGUUAUGCUUUUGGAAUACGUACAAAAGGAACUAGAGUAGAAGAAAUUUAUUUAAAUUCAUAACUUCUGAGUGCCAAAACCCCAGAAGAUCUAAGCUAAAGCCAAUCAGAUAUGAACUUUGGUGUAAUGAUAAAGUUACUCCACUCGUGACCUGGAGGUCAUGGGUUCAAGCUACGUAAACAGCCUCUCUGCAAAAGCAGGGGGGAAGACUGCAGGUGCACACAUCAACGCUCCUUAGAGCCCACAAAAGUGCGAUACUUUGCACAUAGGUUUACCUUUUUUAUAUGAAGUAGAUGAAUGUCUUGGAAGAUGUCAUUAAAUAAACUACAAACUUGAACAUCGAUAAUUUCUUUUAUUAGAAAAACAUCUAUAAUGUGAAAAUUGCGUUUCAAUUUCUUUUUUAAACAAUAGUAUAUUUUCUUAA